GUGGCAGUUGGUUCAAAGUCUCGCGAAGUAACGUUAGUAACGGCCGCUGUAACUGACGCGCACGAGCUCUGUUUAAAAUACUACAAAACGCGCAGUAUUCGCCUUUCAAAUGCAUAUUUGAGUUAUGUUACACCGUUAGAUUGGAAAAUAGAUAUAUUUACGUGAUCCGUGUGGUAUUUGUGAGUGUUUUGAAUGGAGGAGCAGACGGUUAAUCAACUGGACAACCUGCUGCUGCAGUUAGGUAUAGAAACACGAGAACUUGCUCAGAAGAAGGAUGACCUCAAACAACAAAUACAAAUUUGUGAGUCCAACAUUCAGGAGAAGAAGGAUUACAUCAGCACGACUCACAAGAGCCUGAGCAGACUCAGCGAGGAGGUCCAGCAAAAACAAAACACUCUGAGGUUUAUCAAAGAAAACACUAAGAACCUCCAGCGAACCGGACAUCUGCUGCUUCAGUAUGAGAAGACACUGGAAGCUGAGCUAGAGAAGAGACGGGACGGCUAUAAUCAAGACGUGAAAAUCUUCCAGGAGAGGAUGGAGAGCUACAGGAACGUGUUUCAGCAGUAUAAGGAUCGAUACUGUCAGAACUCACUGGCUCAGAAACUGCUGAAGAUUCAAGCCGAGAAUGAGGAGAUCGAGAGGAGAAUCAGAGCAACGGAAGAACAGAUACUGGAGAAGGAGACAAUGCUGAUGGCAGCACUGGGUGAAGAUGAGCCAGUCACUGAUGCUGCUGACAGCAGUAAGUGUCAAGACAAUGACGUCCCACAAACUGAAAACAGGGAGUCAUUUGAUGAAAUGGACCCUUAUCAAGACCCAAUAAUGCAGAGGCCUGAAGAAUAUGCAGAUGAAGGUCCUUCUGAGGAAAAUAAGGAUAAAACAGCUGAAAGUGAAUCUCAAACUGACACAUUUCACCACGGCCUGUGGACGAAGGCUGAAACUGGAGAAGAUCAAAUGCAAGAAGGUGAUCAGAAGCAGUCAGAGGAGGCGAAUGAACUGGAGGGGAAUAUGAAUGUUUCAUGUGCUUCUGAGCUCAUGGUGGAAAUAUCAGAGGAGGAGGAGGAAGAGCGCUUGGAGGUGACCACAGCAGAUGCUCAGGAGGACACAGUGAAUGAGCGUGGCUUAUGUCCUCCUCCAUCACCGGCUAGAAUAAAAGCCAUGCCGACCACCCCCACCUUCUCUCUAAACAACAGUCCCAGUUCCUCACCUGGACGGCAGGAGAUCUCAGACACCAAGUCGCCCGCUUUCGUCUUCUCCAUGAAUUCUGGUCCAAGUACACCUGCGUUCUCUAAGCUGGGUUGUGAUUUUGCUGCAGAAGAGGCAUCUCCAUUUACCUUCACAAGCUCCUAUUUCAGCGACAGGAAGUCACCAGGAUUGGCACCCAAGUUCUCAGGUUUCCUGUUCGAUGAAGCCGAGAGUCGUCAAGAGGAGUUUUCCUUCUCGUUUGGGACGGUGAGCCCUCAGCAGAACUCUUCCACACAGGACACGGCAGGUUCUGCGGAUUCAUUUCCAUUUUCAUUCAGCUUUGGAAAAAUGCUAUUACAGGAAAUCAUCAGGAUUGGUUGAUCAUAACACCAUUCAAGAUAAGGAAGGAAAAGGGCCGAGACAUGAGUAAGAAACAAACUGGAGGAGGAAAAUGAGCCCAGAGCUGAAGAUAUUCUGCACAAAAAUAGUUCAUUUUUAAAUACCUGUAUAUGUAGUAGGUGACAAAGCAAUUAAAAAUGGUUAAGGUGAAUAAGGAGAAACGGUACGGUUCAUACUUUCAAUUCUCUGUGAUGCAGCCAAAGAACUGUAUGACACUGGAAUUAUCUUUACAACCAGAACAUGUUUAUGUCAUUGUAUUACGAUGAUUUAAUGUGAGCCAAUU